AUGCCGCUCAUGGCAGUGCCAGACAUGAGAACCCCAACCGCAGGCGGAGAGAGCUACUGCGAGGACGGCAGCUGGGUCAGCGCUGGCUGGUAUUCCCAAUCAUAUGAGGCAUGCACCUACGAGCACGCAGGCCAGGGUCGAGGUGCGCCUGGGUGGACUGCGGGACACGCCGGCUACGAGGAUGCACAGGGGCCAGCAGAGAACGAGGGCCGUCGGCCCCGGCGCCGCGGUGGCCGCCGGCGCAGGGAGAUGGCCAACCAGGGCUCCUCCACCCCGACCUCGGGGACCAGCGCCCCGGCCAUGGUGGGUCUGCAGGCCGCACGUUCGCAGCCGGAUGUGGCCCAGGCUGACUCAGAAGACAUCGCGGCCGUGUUGCGGGAGGUGGAAACUGAGGAAGGAAAGGCUGCCAUCAUGGCGAAGCUCGAUGCGCCGGAGACGAGGCAGGAGACGCUGGCAUGGAUGGCGGACGCUACCUUCGCCUUGGCAGUAUCUUCGAAGUUCGGCACCGAGAUUGUGCAGCGUGCUCUGGAAGUCGCCGAUGCGGCAUUCCGCGGCCGGCUACUCUUGCAGCUGACCUCUAGAGCCGUGGAGCUCUACGAGUCACCCCAUGGGAACUACUCCCUGUCCAAGGCGGUGGAGGUUCUCCCCUCCAAGCGGCUGUCGGGGAUUGUGGAGAAACUCCAGGAGCGAGGUUUCGACGAAGUGUCGAAGCACAAGUUCGGCUGCCGCCUGAUGGAGCGGCUCAUCGAGCACAUCUCCGAGGCGGAUCAGAGGCUGUUGAUCGCGGCGAUUGUGCCCAAGACCGAGGCUCUGAGCAAGCACCAGUAUGGCAACUUCGUCGUCCAGCGCCUCUACGAGCACGCGCCCGCCGCGCGCGGGAGCAUCCUCCGUGCCCUCCUUCCCCAAAUCGCGCAGCUGGCGAACCACCGGACCGCCAGCCACGUCGUGCAGCGCGCCCUGACGUACUCGGAUGAGCAGGGCCAGUUUGAGUUGGUGCAGGCGCUGCUGCAAGGCCGGGGGGAGAUGUCCCUGGUCUCCGUGGCGACCGGAAGGUACGGUAGCUUCGUCGUCGAGCAGCUGGCCCAACUGCCUGGGCAGCUCGUGGCCCCCGUCCGUUUCGCCUUGCAGGAAGAGCUCCCGACGCUGGUGGCAUCUGCCUUUGGGAGGCGCGUGGCCGAGGCCUUCGAAUUCGAAUUCGAGGUGCCGGACGUCAGCAGCACCAGCGAGAACGGAGAUCUGGGCCAGCCUGCAAAUCUGGUUGCGGAUCAGUUCCGGGACACCAGUGAAGACUCGGAUUCCGACCUCCUGAAGGAAGUCAUCGAGGCGUUCCGUCGCCACAUCCCGGACUUGCGCCCAAAGGCGGUCCCAGAAAUGAUGAAAAAGCUUUGCACCUUGAGCGGUGCAGCCUUCCCGGACAUCAGCUUCGAGCGUUCGGAUCUCAGCGUGUUUGCCGCGGAAGCUUGGGCAAAGUACGCGGAGUCAUCUGCCAAGCACAUGACCACGGAUGCCAUCAGGUCCACGAUGAAGUUGAUGCCCAGCGAGGAGAAGGAUUCCAAGCAUUUCGAGGAGAUGUUCGAGCAUGUCAUCCCAGCAAUGCGCUCGCUCAUCUGCGGGCACGUUCAUUCCUUUGCCAACGACUUCGUCCGUGAGACUGGGCAAUGGCUCUUGGAGCAGAUGUGGCGGCUGCUGCAGCUGCGGCGCCUCUCUGGCCCCCAGGCGGCGAGAGUUCUCAAGGAGAACGGCGUCCGAGCUUUCUGCGCCCUCUUCCGGUACAAGCAGGACCGCGAGCUCUUCGGACAGAGGUUGGAUGAAUCAAAGCAGGAGGUGGGCGGAUGCAUGGGCUACCAUGUGCAGAAGAUCCUCCAGGAGCUGCAAGAAGCAAAGCCCGAUCUGGAUCACAACUACUACCCGGAUAUGUUCCGCGUCGCGGUGUAUGCUUGGCCGCUCACGAAGAUCAUCGAGCAAGUGGAGGAAACGCGAGGCUGCAGCGAAGAGAAGCUCAAGGCCUGCAUGAAGGAAGUCUUCAAGUUCCUCCUCAUCCGCAAUGACGAAAGCUUCGGCUUCACGUGCAACGCGGAGCUGAAGGUCCUUGCAGGCGCAGAGGACACGAAAAGAUUGAAGGAGAUGGUCAGCGAGUCCCUGCCAGAAUGGUCUGAGAAGCUCUUUCGCAUCAUCGACGACGAGCAGAUUUGGCCAUGGCAAGAUGCCUCCAGCAGCAACAAGAAGAAGCAGGAGAAUCGCUGGAAGACGGCUUCCAAGGUGCUCUCCACUCUUUUCGGCCCACGCGUGGUAGCCCUGCUGACCACUCACGACAAGGUCUGCAAGCACUUUGUGGGCGACGAUGACGCGUUCUACCAGAGCUGCCGAGGUCUGCAAGAAUGGCACGAGAAAGUCGGCGCGGCUUCCUGGAUGGAGCAGAAGGAUGUGGCUGAGAAGUUCCUCGCGAAGAGUGUGCGGCUCUUUGACGAUCGAUGUGACCAGUGGGGUCACCCAUCCAGCUGGAGCGCUUGGGCUGGAGUCUUGGGCGAGUUCUUGAAAGGCCGCGCGAUUCCGGAGAGCGGCGAUGUGGACUCGACGGAAGAUGUAGGUUUCCUCCGGAACGUGGACAUGGAGCUUACCAGGGUGUGGCACAACUUGAUGGGGAAGCACUACAAGCACAAAUGCAAGCAGUUCGGGCCGUUCCUGGAAGAGUUCGUGUACUGCCUGGCAUCCUUUUUCAGCGCAACCGGCUUGCGAGAAGACUGGAAGGAGCUCCUUCGAGAGUGCCAGAGGGACAUUGAGGAUUUCAUCGAGGAAGAAAUGGGCCCCUUGGGUCCACACAUCAAAGCAAAGGACCACAUCAAGGAGCUCCUGCAGGGGCAGAAGGCGCGCGCUGAUACGACAUCGACUCGAACGGCAGGUCGCUGUUCAGGAUGCUCCCAUGUCCAGUACAACUCUCAUGAUGGGAUGUGCCCAUACUGUGACAUUCCUCUGGACGUCAUGGCGGUGGAAUACUGA